AUGACUUGGACUUGGACACUCUUUCAAGCAGGGAAGUCAUUGGACUUGAUCGAUGCAAGCCUCGAAGAGUGCAGUUAUGAGGAAGCAACAAUGUGCAUUCAGCUGGGAUUGUUAUGCUGUCAAGCAACUGUUGCAGAUAGGCCUGACAUGAAUUCUAUUCAUCUCAUGCUAUGUGGUGAUUCGUUUACUUUACCCAAACCUGGAAAGCCUGGCCUUCAUGGCCGUGCAGGACGUUGGACCACCACCACUUCUAGUGCUUUUACUAACACCAACGCUACCAGUACACACACUGGUCAGUCUGGUCUCACCAAGGUUUCUGAAGGAAGUAGUUUUGUUGAGGAUUUUUCUAGGAAUUCUAUCUCCUAUUCUUCUCUUGAUGAAGGUAGAUGACCUUUAUUAGGCAGGCUUAUGUGCUCCAUAAAUUUAAUGUAAAUCCUUUGUUUUUUGGGUUUUGAUUAUAGAUACAUGUCAAUGUAAUUUAAUAUAGAUGCUUGGUAGGUUCAAUCAUCUUGACGGUGAUACUCACUAACCAUGUCUUGAGGGCCACAUGAAAACCCAUGGCAAAUCGUGGUGUAGUCUGUUUUUUUCCUUUUUCUGAUAAGUUGUUUAAUUAUUUAAUUCAUCUUCCUAGUAUUUGGAGAAAUAAAAAUACUCAGUUUUC